CAGAUUCAGCUGGCUGCUCCGUGUUCCAGUCCAACAGCCCAGACGCCGUGUUUGUAUAUAUUUGCAGGCAGCCUCAGGGGGACCAUCUCAGGAGCAGAGCACCGGCAGCCACCUGCAGAGCCGGGCAGUACCUCACCAUGGCCAUGGCAGGCAUCUUUGUGCUGUUCUCUUUCGCGCUUUGUGGCUUCCUCCCAGAUGCUGCCUUUGGGGUUGAGGUGGACUGCAGUAGGUUUCCCAACACUACAAAUGAGGAAGGCAAAGACGUAUUGGUCUGCACUGAGGACCUCCGCCCCAUCUGCGGUACCGAUGGAGUCACUCACAGCGAGUGCUUGCUGUGUGCCUACAACAUAGAGUAUGGAACCAAUAUCAGCAAAGAGCACGAUGGAGAAUGCAGGGAAGCUGUUCCUAUGGACUGCAGCAGGUAUCCCAACACGACAAAUGAGGAAGGCAAAGUGAUGAUCCUCUGCAACAAGGCCCUCAACCCCGUCUGUGGUACUGAUGGAGUCACCUACGACAAUGAGUGUGUGCUGUGUGCCCACAACCUAGAGCAGGGGACCAGCGUUGGCAAGAAGCAUGAUGGUGGAUGUAGGAAGGAACUUGCUGCAGUGAGUGUUGACUGCAGCGAGUACCCUAAGCCUGCCUGCACGUUGGAAUACAGACCUCUCUGUGGCUCCGACAACAAAACAUAUGGCAACAAGUGCAACUUCUGCAAUGCAGUCGUGGAAAGCAACGGGACUCUUACUUUAAGCCAUUUUGGAAAAUGCUGAAUAUCAACGCUGAGAGAAUUCACCGCAGGAUCCCCACUGGCAAAUCCCAGCGAGAGGUCUCACCUCGGUUCAUCUCGCACUCUGGGGAGCUCAGCUCACUCCUGAUUUUCUUUCUCAAUAAACUAAAUCAGCAACACUUCUUUGUCUUGUUUAAUGCUCUGUCUCAUGCAAUGUUUUCUUCUGAUUUGUUGGACAGUGAUACCAGACUCAAUAUGUUCCAUGCUUGUGGCUCUGGGGUAUAACAAGAACAACAUCUUGCUCCCAUCCCUGUCAUAAAAGGCAGAAAAUUAAGUACAGAUGCAUAAACCUCGGCUGUGUGACUUUGCGCAUAAAUGAUAGUCAGCCUCCAUUAGUGUUCAGACCCUUUUAGACAGCUGAAAUAUUGCUACGAACUGCUGAUGCUGGCUGAGCUCCCCUAUGGUACAAGCAGCACACUUUCCUUGCGCAGCAUUAGUGAAAGCAGCUCAGGGUGCAGUGGUGGCCAAACCCAGGGCCAAUCCCAUGGCCUCCUAUACAUGGUCCAUACUCACGGGCAUAGCUGCUAGGGAGGUGCAUGUUUUUCAGACGUUAGUGUGCCCUGCCUACGUGCCUGGGUCCUCCAAAUGACAUUGCAAGGUUUUUCUCAUCUUGUCCUUUAAUGAUCACCAAGUGUUUUGAGAUGAAUGCCUUCCUAGGUCUGGUUCUGCUCUUGCCUACUGGUCUUUUCUCAGCCGAACUAUCUGAGCAGUGUUUUGCAAUCCGAGGAAAAGUAUCCCUCUGCUUUGGAAAGCGUGACCUCUGUCAUUGGUGCAUUGUCCGU